AUGACGCCGGGCUCCACGACGAUCCAAGCGGAAAGCGAACGAAAGGGCGCAAAGGAGGUAUCGAACGGUAUACCCCAAAAGUCUCCGCGCUUUCAACGAACACAGGAGGGGCCAGCUCCACACAUGCCAAAAUCAGUCGUUUAUGUAGUUUGUACCCCUAUCCAACCAUAUGGUGCGGCGAUUCACGAGCGGCCAACUCGUGAACCUCAAGGCAACGUCUGGUCCCGCCAUCAAUCCAUAAUGCAGAUCCCAGAUGCCCUGACGGGUAUCCAAGGUCUACAGCGAAAACCCAAGGUGCAGCCGAAACCCGAGAGGGCAUAA